UAAAAAAACUAAAAUAACGCUAUAGCGUAAAAGGUUAAACAGACGUUAACCGAGCUCGAUUGAUAAAAUAUUUUACGCGAAAUACGUCAUUGGAACAACGACGUCUACGCUUCGGACUGGUUUGGUUUUGAUCAUCUAUUCAUACCGAUCAUUAUUAUUUCUCUGCACACGUGUUAAUAUCGCCGCCAAAAUAGCUCCCAAAAAUUCUUAUCAGCACCGAAUGCAUUUACCUAGCGGUACUGCAGUCACUGCAGCCUAUAGUGGUUCAACAGUCCACAAUCUAAUUGGUCCGCCUAGUGCCACAACAAUGGUAACAUCUUCCACAUCGCCCGCCGACUGGACUUCACCGCAGCUCUACAAGUGUGAGGCGAUGCCCGCAAGUAAUGCUAGCAUUGGCAGUAGUUCACCCACCGGCGGUGCCAGCAACGGUACCGCAAAUAGUGCUAAUAGCGGUAAUAACAAUAGCAGUUGUAGUAAUAAUAAUAGUGCAAUACAUCAGGGUCUAUGGUGGACCGAGCAUUCAGUGUUGCAAGCACAACAGGAAUUUCCAAAUGAAUUGGUGCCCACGAGCAAUCCAUACAUCCUGUGUUCAGCGCUACCCUCGCACUGGCGUUCGAAUAAAACGCUACCCUUGGCCUUCAAAGUGGUUGCACUGGUGGAUGUGGGCGAUGGGACAAUUGUAACAAUACGUGCUGGAAAUGAUGAAAAUUACUGCGCUGAACUGAGAAAUUGCACAGCAGUGAUGAAGAAUCAUGUAGCCAAAUUCAAUGAUCUCCGUUUUGUUGGACGCAGCGGCAGAGGCAAAAGUUUUACUCUAACAAUCACCGUUGCAACAAGUCCGCCACAGGUGGCUACCUAUGCCAAAGCCAUCAAAGUCACCGUUGAUGGACCGAGGGAGCCACGUUCUAAGACAAGUCCUCCCGGCACUCAUCAAUUUCGAGGUUUGAGCUUAGGCUUUCCAAAUAAUUUUCGUGAAUUCGAUCCAUUACGCACACCAAAGGCUCCGACAGCUUCCAGUACGAGGUUAUCGCAAUUAAGCAGCAAUCACUCAUCGUCGAAUAGUACAAUAAAUGCUGAUUACCAAGACUAUAAACCAAAUGCACCGCAGAUACAAGAAAACAAUCUGAUGGGCGCUGCUGAUUGGACUGGUUAUGGGCAUGGCACAGCAACUUCAUCAACCGCUUACUCUACUUAUCACCACCAGCAUCCACACCAUCAUCAUCAACUACACGCUGGACUGCCUCCACCACCGACAGCACCCACAGCUGCCCCAGUAUUCAAUACACCUUCAGCACUUUCACACUACGGUAGCAUGUCAAGUUAUGAUACUAACGCCGCUGCACUCGCCGACCACGCCAACAUACACUUACCAACUGUGCUCACAGACAUGCAACCGUUCUGUUCUUCCACAGACUACGCGCACACAGGCAUAGCGCCGACAGUUGCUCCUAGUAGUGCAAUAGUACCACACGCACCAGCACCACCAAUCUGUAGUCCGACUUACGGCUCAAGUAAAUCCGAUAUUGAAACACUAAAUGCCGGCUAUACAUCGUACAAUAAUUGGUCCAAUGGCUAUAAUAAUUAUCAAUACGGUAGUUGUCCUGCACAGGCACACUAUCCCUCACGUACAGGACCUGCAAUGAUGAUUUGUCCGCAAUUAUAUUCCGUCAACCAAAAUCAAAUACACCUACAUUUACACGGUGGUGAUAAACUGGAGUUGGGACUUGAGAAUUCGCUUAUGAUCAGUUCACUAGGUGGCAGUCGGUCUGGUAUCGAAAUAGGUGUAGGCACCACUGAUCAUGAACAAAGCACACAUUUGCAAGAUAGCCAAAGUAGUGCUAGUGGUCUUACUGAUCAGCAACAACAUCAUCAUCAUGUCAGUCAGCAACAGCAGCAGCAUGAACUGCAAGCGCAACAUCAGCAUCAACACUUGGAAAGUCAACACCCAGAGGUCCCCGUUAGUGAGCAAAUAACACAUACACAACGUGAUGAAGAUGUUGGUGAUAUGGGCAAUGUGUGGCGUCCAUAUGGGAAUAUGCUAUAAAUGACACCAACACCAACGUAUGCUGGAGCACUAGGCGUUGGUGUUGGAUAUCAGCUGGGAACAGGAGUUGGAUUAAAAAAGACUUAUCUGCACAUUGAACUGAAUCGAUAUUAAAAACAAAUUAUUGUAGGGAAAGAAUUUGUAAAUUUAAGAUUGAAUUGAGAGAUAAUGAACUAACUUCCGAUUAAUUUUUAGAUUAUGUAUAUAUAAAUAUUAUUCUGUGUAUAUAUAUAACC